AACCGCCGCAAGAGCCGGCUUCACUUUUCUCAGCCGGGAGGCGAAAUGAGCCACAUUAAAGCAUUCCUUUUUGUGCUUUGGAACUUGACAAUACUUUGCAAAUUCUGCUUAACUGCUUUGCCACAGAAACCUGAAAACAUUUCUUGCAUUUAUAAUUACAGUUCCAUUCUUAAUUGUAGCUGGACGUCUGGAAGAGAAAUACCUGAUAAAACAAAAUGCAGUGUCAGAUAUUUAAUCAAUGAGACAUCUAGAGAAAGAAACGGUGUAAUGGAAAAUGGUUCAUGUAUAGCAAAAGAUAUUUCAUCUUUGAGUUAUGUUACACAAGUACAACUCUUUGGAGAAGAAGCAUUCAACUUGACUUCCCAACUUGUGAAAGAUUUAGUCAAACCUGAUCCUCCAGAAAUAGUGACAAUAGAAGGGAUGAAGGAAAUGCUAAGAGUUGACUUGAGAAGACACCCCAAAGAACCAUCUUAUGAUCCUUUUAUGUGUGAGAUUUGGUACCAAGCCACAACAAAAGAUAUUUCUGCCUACGCCAAUGUCCAGAUUAAAAAAUAUGAAAGAGAUAAAUCUUUAAAUCUCACUGGCCUGUGGAAUUUUACAAAUUAUACAGUUGCUGCUCGGUGUAGGUCUGUUUGGUCCAGUCACUGGAGUGAUUGGAGCAACAAAGUAACAAAGAGAACGGAAGAACAAGCUCCUUUGAAAGUAGACUUAUGGAGAGUAAUUGAAACUUGUCCUAAUGGAAGCAGAAAUGUGCAACUUUUGUGGAAGCUUCUACUUGAUAUGGGGAUUGACAUACGAGAACCUAUAGUUGUAUAUGAAGACAAUCAAGCAGCAAUUCAGAUAGCAUCCAAUCUUGCUAAAGCAGACCGUAUUUCACAAAGAACGAGAAAUAAAGACCAAAAUGUACAUGAACUGGUGGAAACAACAGGAACAUUGGAUGAGAUGGACAACUUAAGUCAGCAAAUAGAAUACAAACAGGGAAAAAAUAUGGAUCAGAAAAAUCAGCAAAUAAAGCAACAGCUUGAUGAAGAGGAAAACCAGAUAAAGGACAAGCAAAAGGAGCGGAAAUAG